CAAAUACAGUUGAAAACAAUACAAUCGAAAUAGAAGUAGAGCCGUCGGUUAUAGUUCUUUAAGAUUUCCUCUUUGCUGCCGAUCCGAAAAUCACCUCCCUGCCUCAAAUUCGCCCGCUUCCAGUCCGUCGUCAGCCAGUGUUGUUUGUGAUGUGUGCGUCUCUCUAAUACUGCAUCGUACGGGGAGACACCACGCACGGGGGCAACUGUGUUGACUACUACCGGAAGCCAGUUCAUGAAACGUUUCAAUAUGUAGUUGCGUGAAAAUGCUUCCAAUUCUGCAGGACCUCAACACAACGCGUAAUUUGUAGACAUAAUAUCUUCACGCCCUAGUAGAGUACUAAUAGCGCCUUCCGCUGCACUAUAGUCUCCGUCACUGUCACACUUCUCAAAUUAUAAUUCUGUUGGCUGCAUAAAAAUUUCUCUUUGUUCUACUCCAACUUUUGAUUUGCAGUUUUACACACUGCUUGAGCCUCACCCUCACCCGACCCGUUGUAUCCGAGUGUCUUUGUCCGAGAAUUCAAAGUCCUCGACCCGCAAAUUUGUUUCCCAAUUAACGAUAAAACCGAGGCAAACAACCUAGUUUUCGCAAGAACAUUCUGGGGCUGCUCAACAAGGACCACCACUUCAUCUGGAGCUGCAAAAAGCUGCAUAGAGCUGAGUGCACCGGGCAAGGCAGACGAGAUUGUUUUUUCCGGGAGGACAUCAAGUGACGACGUUUAUUUCCGCAACCUAGUAAGAAAGUUGUGCGCGGCCUUCUACCGACGUUGAACAGUAAAAAUCCAACGACCAUCAUCUUCUUCGCGAGGAUGAUUUAAUAUUACAACAUCUAAACGCUAGUAGUUGUUGAAGGAAUUUUUUAAACCCAACAAGAAGUACUGGAUCGCCUAGCGAUCCUGUGCCUUGUUCAUUUGUUUGCGAAAAGAGAAAGAGCAAUUCUAAUUGGUUAUAUCAAGAAAAGCAUUAAAAAUGGGUGACGUUAACUCGGACGAUUUCUAUAAAGUGCUCGGAGUGGAGAAAUCCGCGGACGACAAGGCGAUCGCGAAAGCCUACAAGAAAGCCGCACUAAAAUGGCACCCCGACAAGAACCCGGACAACAAGGAGGCCGCGGAGGAGAAGUUCAAGAAGGUAACCGAGGCCUACGAGGUGCUCUCCGACAAGGAGAAGAGAAAAAUGUACGACCAGUUCGGGAAAGCGGCUUUCGAGCAGGGCGGCGGUGGCGGUCCCGGCGCCGGGCCAGGCGGGAUGCACUUCUCCUCCGGCGGCCCCGGAAUGUCCUUCAACGAUGCGGACGCGAUUUUCCGAGCGUUUUUCGGCGGCGGCGACCCCUUUGACGGCGGCUUUGGCGGCGGCCCAGGGGGCAGCGGGAUCCACAUCCAGUUUGGCGGCGACGGGUUCGGGCCCAUGGGGAUGGGAGGUGGUGGUCCCAUGGGCGGCAUGCGAAUGGGCGGCGAUCCUUUUGCACAAAUGCGCGGCAAGGGCGGCGGGAGAGGCGGUGGUCCCCAUCAACAGCAGGCCGUGCAACAGGGUCCAAAUGAAAUCCCCAUCGGGCAAAAGGUGAUCAUCCAGAACCUGCAGACGCAAGCGCAGCACAACGAGCGCGCGGGCACUAUUCAGUCGUACGACAAGGAGAAGAACCGAUACCUGGUCGCUUUGUCAAACAACCAGACGCUGUCCCUCACCCCGGACAAACUCGCUCUCGAAGUCGAGGGUGUCACGCUAACGAACAUCAGCAGCAAGCCAGCUUUGAACGGGAAAAAGGGCAAGAUUCUGAAGUAUGACCGGGAAAAGGACAGGUACACAGUGCAAGUAUUCGAGGAGAACACCGUUAUCGCGAUCCCGACCGCCAGCGUCAUCCUGCCAAAACGAACCGCGGUGCAGGUCGUUGGCCUUACGGGUGCCACACAGUAUAACGAGAAGUGGGGCACCAUCGCUUCCUACGACCCUAACGAGGAGAAGUACACGGUGCAACUCACGAAAGAUCGCAGUCUGAAGCUGAAGCGCGGAAAUUGUCGAGCCGCAGGCUAGUGGUUCCUCGUCCUACUACUUAUUUGUUUCCGUCUGCGGGGCCCACGGAGCAGGCGAUCAUUAUUUGUCAAUUUGUACCGCCGCCCAGCAGCUCUACGUCUACGCACGCCGUCCCAGCUCAGAGAAUCAUAUUUUCCUCCUCGCGGCCCUUGGUGAGAUAGAAAUUGCAGAAGUGAUCGACUACACAACAAGUUUCGGGUCCUACCAUAAAACUACGUUAUUGCAGAGGUGAAGACCACUCCAUCCACAACCACAACAUAUUGCAGCUGAUUUCUUCCUGCACGUAUUCGCUUUAUUCGCGCCGCCCGCACACAUAACUUCUACCCCUGUAUUGUUCCGAUAUUUUUCCCGGUGCCCAGCCGGAGAGGAGAAGUCACGAAUCCUGUGCCGCAUGGAGCGUGGUGACGCAAUUCGGCAGGCGUGAUCAUUCCGAUCUCGAACAGCGACAAUCUUCAUCAGGAAACUCUGUGGCGUGGCGGACUUGUCCGAUCGAAAAUGGUUUGGCAACAGAGGUAGAACGCUUCUUUUCUCCCUCUGUUGCUUACCUCGUAGUCGGGCCGAAUAUCAUCUUCCGCCUCACGAGGACCGGACCCCUUUUCAAAUUAUGAGAAAAGCAUGAGGCGAAGGCGCGUCGCCACGUCGCAACCUGUAGUGCAAGCGGCCGGUGGUCCUACUUUUCUCGAGUGACGCUUAUCGCUUCAUCCAGCUGUUGAGCGACGAGACAGCUGCGGAGCGUGGGUUAGCCUUCUCUCGGACUGUUCACGAGUGCCGGUCGUGUCCUGCUAAUCGUUGCAGCAACGACCGCGUCACUAACCAGCGACUGGUCUCCUGCUGUGGAUCAAGGUGGUUGACUUCCACCGACUUCCCGCCGGGCAGCGGCGCCGAAGAUGAGGAGUUCUGCGAAAUGCGAAAUCUGCUCGCUCUCCAGAUUUAUUUCAUCUCAUGUCCCAAAAACUUUACAUCCUACUCAUCAUGAUUGUACCUAUUGUUCCCGACAUCUGUGAAUCGCAUUUAUUACACUAAUGGCUCUUCAUGAAGACAUUCGUGUCAAUCGUGACACCGGG